CAGCUGUCAGUUGCGGCAACGUUGACAACAAAUGUGUCAAUUUGUCAAGUUAAGUUUUCUCGUGCUAAACUGCUAAAUAACUAAUUAUCAACACAACACAACAAGCUAUCACGCCGAUGUGAUCAUAAACAUUUUGUACAUUCUCAUGUAGUAGUGAUGGUUACCUCAAGAUGUAUGACGGCCGUCGGAAUAACACAGUUUACCAUGCAUUUUAAGUGGCGAAUUUUGAUAAGUGAACUCAGGCGGGUCAUUGGGCCUGUUUGUUUCUUUAAAUAGUGAUCACGUCAUAGGAAGAAGAACGUUUAUUAUUGUUUAUGUUUUUAUGAUGCUACAAUUUUGGAAGAAAACAAUUAACAAAGAAAAGGUCGAUCGAACCUCAAAUCAAAAUGUAAACGGUGUAGCCUUGCCUGUUGGAGUAUUCCUGCCUUCCUUGUCAGAUUCAACUGCAGAAGGCCCUCUUGCAAACUUCCAACACGAUGGUUACACUGACACCCCUCCUCCGCAACGGUCCCGGCUGUCCCCCAACCUGCUAGAGGUGCUGCAGGAUCGUGUGGCGUUGUCCUACUUCGCUCACUUUGCUGAUCUACGAGGACACGCACCUCUUCUCUCCCUGUUGUUGGACUUGCAAGAUCUGAGGACUAGUGAUAGUAGUGGUGCAAGUGUUAGUGUUAGUGGGAGACUACGUUGUGGUAGUGAUAGUGAUUCCCCCAUUACACGUAGAAAGUUUUGCCAGAGGUACCUGACAGAAGAGCUGACCCAGAGGUUUAGGAUCCCAGAGGACAUCUCUGCGAGAGUUAGUCAGGAUGGUGAUGAUCAAACUCUUCAACAGCUGUAUGACUUUGCAUAUCACACUAUGAAGCGAGAGUUGUGGUGUGAUUUCCUGAGAAGUGAGUUCUUCUCCAAGUACCAAGUAGAAGUGUUGACCAGUGGAACCGUGACCUUGAGCGACAUCAUGUAUCACAACUCGGCUGUGGCGGCCUUCAUUGAGUUCUUGGAGCAGGAGGGCUGUGGAAGCGUGAUAGAAUUCUGGCAGACUGCUACUACCUUCCAGAGACAGCUUAGGCCAGACAGUGACCCUACCACGUCCGUCAACCAAGCAAUCUCCAUAUACGACAAGUACCUGUCACUGCAGGCGACAUGUCCGCUAGGGAUCGACCACGCCACCAGGUGUGAAGUAGAGUCUCGUAUCUGUGUGGAGGGCGCCGCGCCGCUCAGUGACUGUCUGGAGCCUGCGCUGCGCAAGGUGUGGGCGUACUUGCGCUACGUCUGCCUUCCACUCUUCCUGUCAUCUCAGAGCUACGUACAGCUGAUCUCUGAACUAAUGAGGGCGACGAGAGCCAACUCCAGUCCUGCGUCGUCUGUAACGGACAUCAGCGUGGAGUCGUCCAGGAGUAGGUUCGACCCUGACCUGAUCUGGCGACGGAGACACCAUGACAGAGGUUUAAGCAUCGGAAGAAUUGACCAGUUAGGGAGGUUCGAGACGGACAUCGAACCAGAACCCGACAAAAAGUCAGAAUCGAGAAUUACUCGAGUAGUUAAAAAACUUGUCAACAAAGAUGAACAGAAGUACAUAAGGACCCUUUCUAGUGCGCAAGAGGAGAUGGCAUGGAGAGUUGCGGAGAUGAUUGUCAAAGACGUCACUAAUUUGACAAUGGGCGGUCACGGAGAUGACGACGACUUGUGACAAUCUCGUUCUCUCUAGUUUUAAAGUCAAUCUGUUGAAAUCUUGUGAAAUAACCUCGGUGUAAAAGUGUUCAAUGUAUUAUUUGGAUAUAAUCCUUGUACAGUCUAAUUAAUAUCGCCGACAUUCUACUGUAGAUUUUCUAUUGAAUUUUAAUGUGUAAUACUUUUCUGGACCACAUUUCUUCUCCUAGAAUCCAUGCUUCACUAGAUAAUUUAAUAAUUUUUAUUUGAUUUUAUUAAGUUUUGAAGAGGUUUAUUGAUUUCUGCAAUUUGUUACUUUUCACACUGUUUUAGAAUAUAUUAAUUACUAGUUUUUAACGCUCCUAUGCUAUGCAAACUAAUAUUGCCGACCAUUUAUAUUACAUAAAAAAUGAAACAAGGCGGCGACUUUAUCUUGGAUUAUUAUUGUAUUCCAUUCUGUCUGUUGCUUCUAAAGUUAUUCUUGAUACAUUUUUUGUCUUAAGUCAUAGAGAAACAUUAUUUCACUCAAGAUACAAUUUCUUGUAUCUGCUAUUUGCUCCUCGUCACAAUAAAUUAUAUUCUCAUCUCUAAUCUCUCCCCCUUUUUUACUCAGCAUUUGUCAUUUGAUUUUAACCAUAAAAUCCACUACUGAGGAAACACUGAUUCCUAUUUACUUGUGUUUUAGAUCUCACUCUUAUUUAAUACCAAACCUCAGUUGUUGAUACAGUUUAGUUUACAGAGUUUAUUUAUUGAAGAAUUUAAGAGUACAGUUCAGCUAGCUCUUUUGAGAAAAAAAACCAAAAAAAGUGGGGAUAUAUAAAAAGGUCACAUUUAUCACUUAUUAGUGGUUAGUAAAAUACUGAUAUUUCAUGAUUGUUUAGUAUUUCCUGCAAAAAGUAGCUUUGACGAAAGAAAAUCUGUUUUAAAACCCUCUGGAAAAGUCCUACAUUACAGAAAUAUCAGUGUUAUGUUUUGUAACCUUAAUUAUUGUGUCUAUAAACUGUGGCCUCUUAUUUUCCAUGGUAAGCUAGCUAAAAUCCUUCCUCUAAAAAAAUACUUAAUCAGCCUCACGGCCUAUCCUUAUUCUUUGUAGAUCUAUUGUAGGCCUAAUUAUUUGUUCCUAUAGCACAUACUUUAUGUAGUUUUAUCUUUUAUCUACUGAGAUAGCCUUCUGUGUUUGUCUUGAUUAUUAAUUUUCUGCAUUGCAUAUUUUUGAUAGUGUUUAAUGAAUGAAUACUGUCAGUUUUAAACUGAUGUUUCUCAGCCUAACUAUUGUAAAUAAUUAUGGUUUUGUAUGUAAUAGUUUUGUUGGAUACUUUAUUGUUUACAGAUAAAGAUGUACUGAUGUCAUAACUAUAUGUUUAGUGAUUCUAUGGAGUUUCUAGCUAUCAAAGUAUCAACAUGUAAUAGUGACUAACUUAAGUUUCUCAGGAAAAAAUUGUAAAAUUUCAAAAUAAUCGUAUAUGUAAAAUCUAAAAGCUCUAUAUAAAUAUUAAAAGUGAAAUCAUGGUUUGGAGUUAACUAUUCAACUUUUUUUAUUAUUUAAGAUUAAAAUCGUGUUGCUUUUUGUUUUUAUUUUUAACUUAAAGAUUUAAAUAUAGCCGAAUGGUGAUUUACAAUUCAUUGUCAUACUGAUGGCAUGCUGGCGUUAAGUUUAAACAAUUAUUUUAAUAUAUUAUGUUUUCUUUGUACCUCUGAUAAAAUGUAAAAGCAUGGUUAUGUUUAACAACUAUUUACCGGCAGUCAUGACAAAAUUAUAAAAACAUCAUCAAAAUUCUGUUCAGUUGAAUUUUUAUGUAAAAUUUACAUUAGACGUUCCAAUAAUUUAUAUCGUUGAUAUUCUUCAUUUACUACCUAUGUCACUCUCUUGAGUAAGUGUGCAAUAAUUUUUGACAUUUACAUUAAUUUAACCAUAGAGGGAACAAUAUGGGUAAAUAAUUGUAAAAGUGUAAAUAAAGAUACUGUAAAUAUUAUAAAUACUGAGAUAAAAAUCAAACCUUGUUGGUAUUUUAUUAAAAUUCAGAAACAUACAUUUAAGAGUAGUUACCAAAAAUAAAUUUUAAAAUGGUUUUUGGGUAAAAAAAAUGGGAUGUGAUUUAGUUGCACGGCUGUAGAAUCACAGUUUCAAUGGUUUAGGGUAAAAAAAACUAGAUUAGCUAUUCUCUAAAAGAUUUUAUCCAAAACAAUGUUUUCGAUACUCUUAAAUUAGUCGAUAAAUUUGAAUGUUUGAUGAAGUUUCUUAACUCAAUAAAGACAAGAUUUCAUACUUUUCUCAUAUCACCCUAACCUAAAAACCAAGAUGAAAAUUUUCAAGUGUAAAUAGAUAAAUUUUUAAGGCCCAACCACAAUGCAUUGCAUUCUGCUUUUAAUCAAUUAGAAUAUUGUCAAUAAAAUCUUGCAAAGUUUAUAUGAUCCUUACUUCUAAUUUAUGACUUAUUCUAAUUUAUGAACUAAAUGUUUAUACAUGUCUAAUGUCUAUAAAAUUAAUACCUGAGGUGUCAUUUUUUAGAGGGAUUCAAACUAUUUGUAUUUCCUAAGUAAUGGCAUCAUUAAUUCAUAAAUUAACUUAAAGUCUCAAAAAGUAUCCGACAGGUUUUCAAAACAUUAGGUACAUUUUACCGUGUAUAUCACGAAUAUAACCAACAUCUUACAACGAAUAACCUAAACGACAAUUGGUUUUCUUUGUGAUUACAAUUAUUACAUAAUCAUAAUAAACGUGUGAUUUACUUUUAUAAUUCUCUCAAAGGCUGUGAUAGAAUGCUUGAGAAUCAGCUAAUUUUCUUAGUCACGCUCUUUUGUAUUUAAUCAUAACUUUGUGGAUAGGACUAUGUUGUAUAGAUGUAAAAAAUAAAUAUAUAAAUUAUGUUAUUAA